AAUAUUAAUAAGAAUUAGCUAGUAACGUAAUGUCAAAAUUGCCCUCUCUCACACCAAACGCGAUUUAGUAUAAAUUGAUCGCAAGUGUGUCUUUCCAUCAGUGUAUGUUUACCAUUAGAAAUAAUAAUAAAAGUUUCUUUACGGAAUUUCGUUAUAAACCAAGAAAGCAGAAUGGUAUUAAAUUUGAAGAAAGAACAGCGUAAGCAUUUAGAAUUAUUAUGUCAACGUUCUUCUGACGAUGCUGUAGAACUAUGCAAGUCAGCUUUUGAGUACUUAAAUCAUGGCCCCAACAUUCAGCGUUACCAAUAUCUUGCCGAAAAAUAUUCUACGAAUCUUACUGUUAUACAAAAUGCAGUUGAAGCUCUAAUUGCUUUACUUAUUGACGCCACUAAAGGAAAUGCGAAUGCGAUGGAUAUGCAACGGUUGCAACAAGAAGAAGGUUAUAAUAACGACGUUAUGGAAGUGCUCAAACAAUUUGUAAACAGCAAGCGUCAUUAUAUUGAGGGAUCCAUCAAGUCUGCAAACAUAAGAGCACAUCGCCUGGUGAACAUUGAAUGGCGCUUAGAGGUGCGCCUAGCAACAAGAAGCCUUCUGAGACAAAGUAACAUACGGGUUACAAUGAAAUUAUAUCUACAUACUGAACCUAAAAACGAAAACAGAGAUCUUCUCGAAAUUGCAGAGGAGCAGUCGAUUCACCCUGAUGAAAGACGAAAUCGUAAGGAUCUAUUAGUGCAAACAGAUUUAAAUACCUUGGUACAUAUGAUACAAGAACUAGAAACCGCACUUUACGAAUCAAAAAGUAGACGAAUUCGUAAUGUAGUUAGUGCAAUCCAUUAAAUAAAUAAGUACAUAUGUAUGUAGAUAUAAUUAUUAAACAAUGUUUAAAUUU